AUGGCCAAGGCUUCUAUCAACGACGUUGUUACCCGAGAGUACACCAUCCACCUUCACAAGCGAGUCUUCGGUGUCCAGUUCAAGAAGCGAGCUCCCCGAGCCGUGAAGGAGAUCAAGAAGUUCGCCAAGCUCCACAUGGGUACUGAGGAUGUCCGACUCGACCCCGCUCUCAACAAGGAGCUGUGGAAGCGAGGAAUCAAGGGUGUUCCCCACCGAAUGCGACUCCGAAUCUCUCGAAAGCGAAACGACGAGGAGAACGCCAAGGAGAAGCUCUUCUCUUACGUCCAGGCCGUCAACGUUCCUUCCGCCAAGGGUCUCGAGACCACUGUCGUUGAGGUUGACGAGGAGUAA